AUGACUCCAAGUGUUAAACAACCUGUUCCUAAGGAGCUUGAUAUCGAGUACUUGAUCGAGCAAUUGACCAUUGAAGAAAAGGUCUCUUUGUUGGCCGGUAAGGACUUCUGGCACACCCAGAACAUCGACAGAUUGAACAUCCCCAGUGUCAGAGUGUCAGAUGGCCCUAACGGUAUCAGAGGUACCAAGUUUUUCAACUCUGUUCCUUCCAACUGUUUCCCAUGUGGUACUGGUUUGGCUGCCACCUUCAACAAGGAAGUUUUGCUCCAAGCCGGUGAGUUGAUGGGUAAGGAAGCGAAGAUGAAGGGAGCCCACGUUAUCUUGGGUCCAACGUGUAACAUUGUUCGUUCUCCAUUGGGAGGAAGAGCGUUCGAAUCGUACUCUGAAGAUCCAGUUUUGUCUGGACAUGCUGCUGCCAAUGUUGUCAAGGGUAUCCAGAACCAAAAUGUUGUUGCCUGUCUCAAGCAUUUCGUUGCCAAUGACCAAGAACACGAAAGAAAGGCCGUGGACGAAAUCAUGACAGAAAGAGCUUUGAGAGAAAUCUACUUGAAGCCUUUCCACAUCGCCAUGAGAGAUGCCUAUCCAAAAGCCUUAAUGACUGCUUACAACAAGAUCAACGGUGUCCAUGUUUCGCAGAACAAGAAGAUUUUGCAAGAUCUCUUGAGAGGUGAGUGGGGCUAUACAGGUACUGUCAUGUCUGACUGGCACGGUGUCUACUCUACCAAGGAAUCGUUGGAUGCUGGCUUAAACUUGGAAAUGCCUGGUCCAACUAGAUUCAGACAGCAAGUACCAACACUUCAUGCCAUCCAAACCAAUGAAAUUCACACUGAUGUCAUUGAUGACAAUGCUCGUGCAAUCUUGAGAUUGGUCAACGAAAGUUUGAAGGCUGGAAUCCCAGACGAUGUCAUUGAGUCACCCAACCCUACUAAAGAAGCAUCUGACUUGUUGAGAAAGGCUGGUGACGAGUCAAUUGUCUUGUUGAAGAACGAAAAUAACAUCUUGCCAUUAUCUAAGACUGCUGUCAAGGGCCAAGAGAAAAUUGCAGUUAUCGGUCCAAAUGCUAAGGCUGCCCAAGAUUCUGGUGGUGGAUCUGCUUCGUUAAACGCUGCCUACAAGAUCACUCCAUACGAAGGUAUCGAGUCCAAAAUCAUUGAAGGUGGAAACUCUGUAUCUUUGGAUUACUCCUUAGGUGCUUUUUUGGACAGAAACUUACCCGAUGUUGGGAACACUUUGAUCAACGAAGAAGGUAAGAAGGGUAUCACUGCCAAGUUCUACAAGCAAGCUCCAGGAGCCGCUGACAGAGAACACUUCGAAACUUUCACUUUGUCUACUUCCAAAAUCUUCCUUUCUGACUACAAAAGUAAACACUUGAAACCAGGACAACUCUUGUUCUACGCUGAUUUCCAUGGAAUCUAUAUUCCCGAUGAAACUGGUGACUAUGAGUUUGGAGCUUCCUGUUUGGGUACUGCCCAACUUUUUGUUGAUGACGAAUUGGUUGUUGACAACAAGACCAAGCAAGUGAAAGGUGAUGCUUUCUUCUUGGGUUUGGGUACCAGAGAAGAAAGAGGUGUCAAGAAAUUGGAGAAGGGCAAAAAGUACAACAUCAGAGUUGAGUUUGGUUCUUCGCCUACUUUCACCUUGAACAAGGCAGCUCUUGAAGGGGGAGGUGUCUUUUUCGGUAUCAGAAUGAUUUCUACUGCUGAAGCUGCAAUUGCUAAGGCAGUUGCUGUGGCCAAGGAAGCUGACAAGGUUAUCUUGGUUGUUGGUAUCUCAAAGGAAUGGGAAUCUGAAGGUUUCGACAGACCUACUAUGGAUAUCCCAGGUGCUACCAAUGAAUUAGUGGAUGCCAUUACUGCCGUCAACAAGAAUGUCAUUGUUGUCAACCAGUCGGGCUCUCCUGUGACCCUUCCAUGGAUCAACAAAGUACAGGGUUUUGUCCAAGCCUGGUACGGUGGUAAUGAAUUGGGUAACACCAUUGCCGAUGUGUUGUUUGGUGACUACAAUCCCUCUGGUAAGUUGUCUAUGACUUUCCCUAAGAGACUUCAAGACAAUCCUUCGUACUUGAACUUUGCUUCAACACAUGGGCAAGUAUUAUACGGUGAAGAUAUCUAUGUUGGCUAUAGAUACUACGAGAAGGUCGGUGUUGAACCAUUGUUCCCAUUCGGCUACGGUUUGUCCUACACUACCUUCGAGCUCAAAGACUUAGUAGUAGAGUAUGACCAAGAAAUUAUCAACGCCAAGGUCAGUGUCGUUAAUACUGGUAAGGUGGAUGGUGCUGAAGUUGUUCAAUUGUACGUUUCUCAGGUCAACCCAAGCAUUAACAGACCAGUGAAAGAAUUGAAGGACUUCGGAAAAGUCUUCGUCAAGGCUGGCGAAACCAAGACACUUGAGUUGAGUGUUUCCGUCAAGGAAGCCACUUCAUUCUGGAACGGGUACAAGAACAAAUGGCAAUCUGAAAAGGGCAAGUAUAAAAUUUCUGUUGGUAACAGUUCUGACAAUAUCACUCUCGAAGACGAGUUUGAAACCUCCAAGACUUACUUCUGGUUAGGUUUAUAG